AAUUGCAUAAACAAACGGAACAAAUUUUACAAAAUGAUUCAAAACCAGUUACGCGCCACACUGUGGAUCUUUGGAAACGGUUGCCUGAGCAUAUCCAAAGCUGACUGAAUCUCGGCUGCCCGGUGGCAGUUGCAAUUCAGUUCGUGGCACGCUGCGGCGCGAGGCAGCCGCCGUAAAUUGUUCAAUCAAUCGACCACCCGUCGAGAGCAGAGCCCGCGGAAUAUAAUGCUAAACUUGCCCAUUUUCAAGCAAUUGAAGAUUUGCCAAACAAAUUAACACUCUACUCUAAUGCAAAUUGGCUUGACACUAUGACGAAUGUCGUAUCAAGCAGCGCAGCCACGGACAGAGGCGAGCCUGAAUCGUCGGCCAGUGGGAAAAUGCAUUCAGCGCAGACCCCCAAAGAUGGGCAUAACGAGGCCGAGGCGGAGCUGUAUCUGGAGCACCUGCUGAAGGACGGCAGCCAGGAGGGCGAUAGCGGGUCCGAGUUGGAGCUGCCGCCAUGGUACGAUGAGCAGCUGUUCAAGCGCGCUCAAGGCUACUACAGCUCAUAUCGGUUCGUUAUGAACGCGGGGAUGCUGGCCGGACUGAUUGCCGUUCUAGCCGUACCCUCCAUACUCCGAGUACUUGCCUGCACGCGACAAUCGUCGACUGCAUUCACAGCGUAUCGACGCUAUGUGCGCACCAUCUUCCACACCCAGGCCUGGUACAAUAAUGGCGUAGCGGACAGAAAGAGCAAGUUCUGGACGAGUAUCGCGGCUGUUAGGCAGGCCCAUGCCCGCUCUAGUCAUGCGUGCGCGAGGCGUGGGGCAGGGCAGAUCACGCAGAAGGACCUGGCCCUGACCCAAUUCGGAUUCAUUGGCUUUAUAACCCUGGGAGCGCAUCGCAUACAGCUGUACGAUAAUGAUUUCCUCGAGGCCACCACGCAUAUGUGGCGAGUCCUGGGCUACUUGCUGGGCAUCAAGGAUGAGUACAACAUUUGCGGCCGCAAUUGGGCCGAGUCCAAGUCCCGCCUGGACAUUGUGAUGCGAAAAGUGUACGAGCCGGCGCUGGAGCACACCACAGAGGAGUUUCAUCGCAUGACAGAGGCGCUCAUACACGGCCUGUGGCACGUCAACACAAUGCUCUCAGUGGAGGCCAACAUCUUCUUCACCAAGCGACUGGCCUGCGUGCAGGGCUACCAGUACUACAGCUUCGAUCAUCGUGCCGGGGAGCAGCGGGAUCCGCAGCAGAGAUUGCACUACCGCGACUUGAAGCUAUGGGAUCGGCUGAUUGUCGGCUACGGGCUGUUCAUUGUCACCUUUCUGCACAAGUAUGCCAUUGUGCGGUGGUAUUUGAACUUUCGCGUGUGGCUGGUGGAUCUGCUCACGUACUACUUGCCCUACGUUGCCAUUUGGAAGUUUGGCCUGAAGUCCGCUUACGUGCGAAUCUUUCGUACGAGCGGGGAGGCGCAGGAGUUUAGUUUGGGUUUCAAAGAUGAUUAGUCAAGUGUUUUCUUUCUUUUUUGUUGGUGUCCAUUAGUUAUUAGCUAAAUUAUUAA